AUGGAUGAUGAAAAAGAUUUAGCGAUAAUAAUAACAUUUUUUCCUCGUUAUCUUCAAUGUCAAAGUUCAAUGCCUAUUGCUGUUCUUCGAUUAUAUAGAUACACAUCAUUAUUUUAUAUUCCAAUUCGUUUCAUAUUAUUGAAUCGAAUCGCAUCACUUGGUCAUUGUUUAUGUUCAUCAUCAUCAUCAGUUAUUUCGCUUUGUUUAUCAUUAUCAUCAUGCUCAAGUGAAUUAUCAACUUCAAUUUCAAUAGUUAAUCUUCUAACUUCACCAUUAUCAGAUUCAACAUCAUAUGUAAAUGAAAAUCAUAGAAAUGAUCAAUCAAUAUCUGAUGAAAUAUGUCCACCAUUAUAA